AGCAGGGCAUCUUUUCCCCCCGAUCAUCAUCAAUUUGUUCUUCACGAGAAAAAGCAAAAGCUCAAAACUAACUUUGGCUUCCAAAUACUACUGAUUAAUAAUCUCUUUAUAUUUACCAUUAGUAUUAUUUUGGGCUGAUGCAUUGCAUGGGCACACGGGAAAGAGAUAUACUGGUAAUCGGAGAAUGAACAAAGCUAGAAAGAAAAGGGUAAAGAUGUCUUGUUGAAUCUCUGCACCUCUACACCAAAAAUCCCUUUACUUUUUUCUUCCUUUUAGCAGCAGCCUAACACCGGCCCUGCCCCCCUAAACAUGGCGGACGAUCUCUGUUUCUUCAACAAGGAUAGCUUGAUCCUUAAGCCUCCGAAGAAGUCUACAUUGUUGUUGAGAAUGGUGGUCUUGAUAUUUUCAAUGGUUUGCGGAGUAUAUAUAUGUUCUAUAUGUCUUAGGCAAAUUAGUUCCCGGUCCACUGCGCGGUUGUUAAGUGUGGAAAUGGUGAGGCCCUGCGAGCCACCUGACGUCGAGCCUUCAGAAAAACCUUUUGUGCACUUCCCCAAACCUAAAACUUUUCGCAGGGCCGAAUGUGCAUGCCAUCCUGUUCGAAAUUUUGCAAUUUUGUCCACACAAAGAUCAGGAAGUGGAUGGUUUGAGACAUUAUUAAACAGUCAUAUCAACAUAAGUUCAAAUGGGGAGAUUUUUUCUGUUAAACCCCGGAGGGCUAAUGUUUCAACAAUAGUUGAAACUUUAGAUAAACUCUACAAUCUAGAUUUUUUCACUAGUGCUUCCAAGAAUGAGUGCACUGCUGCUGUUGGAUUGAAGUGGAUGCUUAAUCAGGGUCUAAUGCAGAAUCAUGAAGAAAUAGUACAAUACAUCAACGAUAAAGGAGUUUCCAUAAUUUUUCUCUUCAGAAGAAAUCUUUUGCGCAGGAUGAUCUCUAUACUUGCAAAUUCUUAUGAUCAAAAUGCCAAGCUACUGAAUGGAACACACAAAUCACAUGUGCAUUCUCACCAGGAGGCUGAGAUACUUGCAAGAUACAAGCCCACAAUCAAUGCAACAUUGCUGAUACCGAACCUGAGGCAAGUAGAAGAGAUGGUUACUAAAGCUUUAGAAUACUUCAAGAGCACUAGACAUAUCGUCCUCUAUUAUGAGGACAUAAUAAAAAACCGAACUAAACUGAUGGACGUUCAAGACUUUCUGAGGGUUCCAAAAAUGGAGCUCAACAGUCGUCAGAUAAAAAUACACAGAGGAUCCUUGUCUUCCCAGGUUGAGAAUUGGGUAGACGUUGAAAAGGCACUGAAGGGAACUCCGUACGAGAGCUUCCUACAAGCUGAUUAUAGGGUGUAGAUUUUCAUGCUGUGUGUAAAUAUAGCACGGCCCUUUUUUUUUUCUUUAUUACCUUUAAUCAUUUCAUUCAUUAUUUUUGGUUAGCAGGAGCUAACAGGGCAGCACCCUGUUAAAAUUUUGGCCACAGCACCUAGCUUCCCCUUCCGCCAAAACCAAAGGACAGAAAUGCAUAAUAGUAGUGAUUGUAGUUCAAUUUUUAUAUUUGUCAGUUCUCCUGGCAACGUGUAUUCGUGGAUCCAUAUAUGUCAAAGAGUGCCAAUGCAUAUCGAACAGUCUGCAGUUAUACAACAGUGUAGCUGAUCAGGAUGUAACCCUCAUCUAAUUGCUGCAUAGUAGAUUGAAUUUCCAUACUUAGCAGCAUAGCAAAAUUUAUGUUAUUGCUCAGAAGAAUGAGAUUCAGAAGAGUCUUGAAUUUGGUGCGGUAGCUUCAGGCAAGUGUUAUAUUUGCGAGCACAUAGGUUAUGCCAUGAAGCAUUAUCAAUUUGUACGAAAUGCCUGAAUUUUUCAUGUUUUAUUUCUCUUUUACAGA